AUGUCCUCCUUAAGACUAGCAACAGCCUCCAAUGUUCGCGCUUUCCAGAAUCUGACCACUGCACUCAAAAACAGCGACCGGAAAUGGACACAUGCAAUCGACGAAGAGGCACUUGAAGACGAAAUCGGGAGGUUUCGUGUCUGGGCUGGAAACCUCGGCGCUCUGCAGAAAGGGCACAGCUCGCUUGACUACAGGCUGCGAGACUCACCAGUAUCCAAUACCAACACGCUAAAGCUUCUUAGGGAGCUUGAAACCAAUGUCAAUGAAGCUUAUGCAGUGGCAUCUGGGGCUCGCCUGCCUUACGAAGAGCAGGCCCGCCCAGAUAUGACUGAAGAUGACGAUGACGAUGGCUUCUUCAGUGCGGAAGAAGACGAUGAUGAUAGCAGCAGCGAUGAACCUAGAACUGAAUUGAAAAUGCGCUUUCGGGAAAUCGUCGACAUUAUCGACAACCUCUACAAACUUAGCGUCCGCAUCAGAACUCCUGGUCUACGCUCAAGGUCUCUCAAAGCAUCCUCUUACACACAGAAGGAUCCAGAGACGGGAAUCGACAUCUUUGAUAUGUAUGCUGCGCAAGACCUCAAGCAUGUCCAGGAGUUGGUGUCGCAUCUGCGUCAACCGUACGUAGCCAACGAUGCGCAAGAAGAUCAAGACUUUCUGAUCAAGCGGUUGAGCGCAUCUGUUACACUUCGGAGGCGACACUUCAAGUACUGGAAACGACAUCGUGAUAAAUUGAGUGCCUCUACAAUGUCCGACGAGGGGCAAGAACCCCAUGUUACAGCGCCAUUCGAGAGACCUGCGGCAGCCUCUGACGAAAUCCCACAAGCACAUCCGGUACCCAUAGUUGCAGCCCUGAGAGAAGUGUCAAGCCAGAAGACUGGUAAGACGAUGCUCUCAGGGACAGAGGUAACGCAGCUUCACCAAUCCUUGGACGAUAUAGUAGACACCAAAUCUGUAACAAGCUACGCCAUAACGGUGAAAGACGUACAUGGAAAAGGCAUCGACCUUCCUCCGCCACCAAAAUCGGCCGAUGGUGACAAAGAAUUCGAAUGUCCCUAUUGUUGGAUCGUUUGCCCUGCAAGAUACGGAAAAGGGAGAGCCUGGAGAACGCAUCUGCUUCAAGACUUACAGCCGUAUAGCUGUACAUACCAGGACUGUGAAAGCUCGAAUCAACUGUUCCGAAGUCGUAGAGAGUGGGCCGAGCACGAAGCAAGCCACCGCAAAGUGUGGAGAUGUCCGGAGCAUCCGGCUGCAGUUUUCCAUUCUCAGCUGGGCUUGGAAGAUCACCUUCGGCAAAUGCAUCUUGAUAGCUUUCCAGAGAGCCAGCUGGUGACCAUUGCUAAGGUUGGUGAGGCUACUACAGUAGACUUGCGAGAAAGAUGUCCUAUAUGCCGCGCAUCCACGGAUGCCAAAGAGAUAGGCGACUUGCAAAGCCACAUCGCGAAUCAUCUGGAGAGAAUCGCAACUUUUGCUCUGCCUCAUAGUAUGGAAGACGACUCAGAUGGCGCCAGUGGCAUCCCGAGCCCCGGUGGUACAUCUAGAUCUUCUUUUAGUUCUAUAUCUACCAACAUGAGUAACGGGCAAAAAAAGAGCAAAGAAAACGCUCAUCCUACCCUGCAGUUUGACCUGUCUGAGUCUAUUCAGGAGGUUGAUCCCAGCCGCGAUCUUCUAUCUGCCGAGAACUUACGACAACUUCCUGAUGCAAACAAAAACAUACUAGACGUGAUAUCAAAUCAGCUGAAUAACCCAAAAAGCUCAUAUCAUCUAGACGUCAUUCAUGGGUCAGAAAAACAGCCGAUCCUUCAAACGAAGGACAUUCCCACACUACGGUCAUUAUACCGUUCACGAAGACUGUUACAAUUAGACCAGAGCUACGCACCAAACGAUUCCUACAAUCGCAUGAUUUCUUUCUGUAACUACGAUCUGACAAGGAUGGAGGUAGAUGCCAUUGUCAACAACGUCACUGUCGACCUGAAAUACUCACCACCCCGGGGCUCGUUGCACUACACUAUAAUGGAAGCAGGUGGCCCAAAUCUUGUACAAGAGGCAAGCUCGAAACCCCAAAUCAAGUUCGGCCAAGUCGAGAUAACUCACGGACACAACCUCCCUUCGUUAUGGGUUAUUCAUGCUGUAGUACCGACGUCUUUCGGAGGGGACGUCAUGGCCCAGUUAAUUACUCUUGCCGAUUGCUAUCGCAAUUCCUUGAAGGCAGCGGCUGACCUUCAAGUCCGAACGGUGGCCUUUCCUUGCCUGGGCACUAGAGGCUCUGGCCUUGGUCCACGCCAAGCUGCACGUAUAGCACUUCAAGCAGUUCGCGAGGACUUGGAUGCGCGCUCUGAAAGCCGGUUUGAACGCAUCAUCUUUUGUGCGAAAUCCGCUGUGGACGAGCAAGCUUACAAGGAUUUCUUCCCUGUGUAUUUCCCACCAACACAUGGUGAUCUAGACGUGGCAAGAAUUUCAGACGUGGCAAGAAGUUCGGACCAGUCUGCAAAUAACGCGGUAAUGGUUACUCAGGUGAUAAACACACAGGCGCAACUACGAAAGACGACUGCUGCGCUCCGCCGUGAUUUCAGCCAGAUCCUACCAGAGAUCGAAAUCGGAUACCUUGAUCUUCUCGAUGAGACUGAUCUCGCACUAACUUCGAUUCACAAUGAGUUAUUGGGACCCAGAACGCUGGAGAAACAUUCAAAAGAUAUCGGUCUGCUCUGCUCUGUUCUCUCGACUUUGUGUAUCAGCAUCUCAGGAAUGACUGAAACAGCGAAAGAAGUACAAGAUACUGUGUCAAAUUAUCAGCAAAUCCUGAAAAUCACUGAUUGGGGUAUGAAUGGGAGGUAUGGAUCCAACCUCAAGGAGUUUCUACUAAACUGUUGCUCCUUCACUACCAUUCUGGAUAGUGUCAUGGCACAGGAACAGAAUGAUCUGGAUCUGGCCCAAAUGCGCCCAACACUAGAAGGAUAUAGGGCAAAAGCGCGCACACAAGAUACUGGAGAUGCUCCCGAUCAGCCGGAUAAUCUGGCGUCUGUCGAGCACUCUACACCAACUCCCUCUAGUAGCCGGGACUUGGUCAAACUGCAUCAAAUUUUAACUGUAACGAAGCUGUAUCAGCAUGCUAUCAUUAAACCAAAGAGUACUAUGGCACACUCAUCUGCCACCUUCAACGACAUAGUGUGUUUGGCAAGAGAGGACAUGACAAAGCUCGAAGUCGAUGUUAUAGUCAACUCCACCGACACAUCUUUUCUAGGCAUGGGAACUCUGGAUCGCCUUGUCUUCAAAAAGGGCGGACCAGAAUUGCAAGAAGAAGUUCAGAAAUUCGGCGUGUGUCAGAAAGGUGAUGUUAAAACGACUCCAGGAUACCUCUUACCAGCCAAGAACAUUUUACAUGUCAUCCCGCCUGAUGUGUACAGAAAAGACAGCAAAAAUGUGCUACGCAACAUCUACCGCGGAAUUCUGCAUACCGCUACACAUCUGAAAGCCAAAUCCGUUGCAAUACCCUGUAUUGGGACGGGUACGUUAGGCUUUCCGCGCCGUGAUUGCGCUUCGCUUGCCAUCGAAGAGGUCAGGCGUUUUCUCCAGUCAAAAGAGCCGGGUGGACUGGAAAAGAUAAUAUUCAUCGUAUAUUCGGCCACUGACGAGGCCAUCUACAAGAACGUUUUGCCGAAUUAUUUCCCACCAGCUGAGGAGACUGCCUCGAAACAGUCGGGAGCCCGGUCUCUGGGGCUGGCGAUGAAUCCCUCGUUUGGUUCGACUGUCGCCAAAGACGAUUCUCAAUCCAUUGCCUCAAAGGAAGAGUCUCGGCCCGCACCUGCACAUGAAGCCACCAUAACAGCAGAAGCCAAGGUGGCUUUCACAGAAUUUACAACAAGUAAACCACAACUCAUCCACAACUCUUGCGUGGUCCUUGUGUCCGGAAGCUCGGUCCACAUUGACCGCAAGACCAACCACAAUAACAUACGCAAAAUCAGUCGCAAGACCAAGCAUCCCGACAUGGGUUCUCAAAACAGCUCAUUCGAAUAUUCAUUCAACCUGAUACCCACUACUGACGUACACCACGACCAAAGCGAGGUGAUAGUAAAAGAUAUCCGCAAACGCGAUACACCCCCAGACAGGCCCUUCAUGCUAUUCUUCGAAUGCCAAAACAACGCUGAUGCAGCAACCCUAGCAGCUGCCCUAGAGCAAGCAGCUUGCCAGGCUCGUGAACAAGAUGCACAUGGGGAUUCUGUACCCUCAACCAAAACUGUACCUGAUGCAACUCUUUCGGACGAAGACGACAAAGACAACAACGACUAUAUAUACGAUGAAACCUAUGGAGACUAUGCGGACUACGUAGGCGAUGAAGACUCCAUAGACGAUGACGACUACUUUUCCACUCGUAUUCUGGAGUAUCUUACCGAAGACUUACAUUCACGACCUACGUCAUAUAUCGGGCAGAACGUUGUCAAUAUCGCGGCUACACUUCGCCUUGAUGUCGACAUGGUGCGCAAGUAUCUAGAUCGACUUGCCCUGAAGGGCUUGGUGCAUACUACGGUUGAUGAGAAUACGUGGGUUGUGUCGGGAUAUGAAGAUAAGCUGGUGCCUGUGCUGAGGGGUGAGGGGGAGGCGAGUGGAGGAUAA